CCCACUCUCCAAUCUCACUUACUCUGUUUAUGGCCCAUCUGCAAUUUCGAGUCUCUAUCCAAUAAAGAUCUGAUUUUUUUACUGUUUUUCUAAAAAUUUUCAUCUGGGCAAUUUCGAAUCGGACGUUUUCAGCUUUGGGAAUUAACACUGCCGACGAUUUUUGCGAUUUCACGAGCUGGGUCGUAUCAAUCUCUGUCAAUUUUUGUUUAUUGAAGUUGAAGGUCUCACGUUUAUCAUGUAUAUGGCAACUGUCAACUGUCGGUGCUUUUGCGUUUGCUAAUGCCUUGCAUCUUAUUUUUUGGGUUUCUUGUUUCCAAUUUUAUCCUCCUCGCUCUUCACUCUUAUGCUUUCUAUUGGUAUCAUUCAUUUUUAUAUGCCAUUUAUUUCAGCUAAUUUAAUCUGUGCAGACAAAUCAGGUAGUGGUACUUUUUUUUUUUUUCCAGAUUUGUUCCUCUUUGAAGGAACUGGGUCAGACUGGAAUUCGUUUCUUGAUUGCUGGGAUUCAAUUGUUGUUGUUUUUUGAACUUGUUUCACUUGCUUUGGUUUGGUUGGUUUCGGUUUGUGAGUAUCUAACACUACCUUUUAGCUGUUAGUUUCUGGUUUUCCUUUUCUGUUUUAAUUAAUGAGGUUUUCCUUUUCUGUUUUAAUCAAUGACAUUAGGUAUUAUCUCAAGUCACAAGUUAAUAUCUUCUUCUUUUUCGUAUAAUAUGGAUUGGAUUAGGACGAUUCAUUGUGAAUCUUUGCGAUUUUACUAAAUCGAGUUAUGGAAAUACAGUGGAGUCAUAGAGAAACUUUCAUCUGGAUUACUUGAAGUGAUGAGUUGAAUGUCUUAAUCUUAUAUGUUAAUUUUCAAUGUUUGAAUUCGUAGUAUCGCAGAUCAUUUUCUUUAUGUACUGGCAUUGUAUCCGUAAUCGAUGGAACUAACCAGUUUAAUGUUGUUUAGGUGAUUGAAGCUGUUUCUGGAGUGAAACAUCGACUGAUCUUUCUUUUGGAGUGAAACUGGAGCUGGCAUCUUGUAGCUUGAUUUUGAACUCUGCAUGUUGAAGUCGAAGUAGAAGGGUGAUUUUCUUGUUGGUUUCCAACAAUGUCUCGGGGGAGGGCUGACGGGAGCCAAAGGAAACGUUUGGUCACCUCAGUUCUUGUUUUGGUGAUCAUUUGUGGUCUCCUAUAUUUGUAUUCUAAGAAAAGUGGUUCCUCCGCUCUCGAGUAUGGCAGUAAGAUUAGAAAAUUUGGUUCUACUUACUUGGGUGUGGAUGAAGAUGUUGACGAAUCACCUCCCAAACUUGGUGACGAUGAAGAGGAUGGCGUUGUAUUGAAGAGCAUACCGGUUUGUGAUGAUAGACACUCAGAACUGAUUCCUUGCUUAGACAGAAACCUUAUCUACGAAACAAGAUUGAAAUUGGAUCUGUCUGUGAUGGAGCACUACGAGAGACACUGCCCAGUGCCUGAAAGGCGAUAUAACUGUUUGAUUCCACCUCCUCCUGGAUAUAAGAUCCCAAUCAAGUGGCCUAAAAGCCGAGACGAGGUAUGGAAAGCAAAUAUACCUCAUACCCACCUUGCGACUGAGAAGUCUGACCAAAAGUGGAUGGUUGUCAAAGGUGAAAAGAUUGGAUUUCCUGGAGGAGGUACUCACUUCCAUUAUGGAGCUGACAAGUACAUCGCAUCAAUGGCUAAUAUGCUCAACUUUCCUAAGAACAUUUUAAAUAAUGGAGGAAGGCUCCGAACAGUCCUUGAUGUUGGUUGUGGUGUUGCUAGUUUUGGAGGAUACCUGCUGUCUUCUGAUAUUAUUGCAAUGUCCUUGGCACCUAAUGAUGUUCAUCAAAAUCAGAUCCAGUUUGCAUUGGAGAGAGGAAUUCCUGCAUAUCUUGGUGUUUUAGGGACCAAGAGACUCCCUUACCCUAGUAGAUCUUUCGAACUGGCUCAUUGUUCUCGCUGUAGGAUUGAUUGGCUUCAAAGGGAUGGGAUACUUCUCCUUGAGUUAGAUAGGGUACUUAGACCAGGAGGUUAUUUUGCCUACUCAUCUCCUGAAGCCUACGCACAGGAUGAAGAGGAUCUUAGAAUUUGGAAAGCUAUGAGUGCCCUUGUGGAACGGAUGUGCUGGAAAAUUGCUGCUAAAAAGAACCAAAAAAACCAUAGAGCAAGAGGAAGUGGUUUGGCUCCUUGGCCUGCUCGAUUGACUACGCCUCCACCCCGUCUUGGUGAUUUCGGAUAUUCCAGUGACAUAUUUGAAAAAGACAUGGAAGUUUGGCAAAAAAGAGUUGAAAAUUACCGGAAUCUUUUGAGCCCAAAGAUUAAUUCCGACACAAUAAGGAAUGUGAUGGACAUGAAGGCAAACCUGGGUUCAUUUGCAGGGGCUUUGAAGAACAAAGAUGUUUGGGUUAUGAAUGUGGUGCCAGAAGACGGACCUAACACACUAAAAAUAAUAUACGACAGAGGACUGAUAGGCUCAGUACAUAAUUGGUGUGAAGCCUACUCGACCUACCCACGAACUUAUGAUCUACUUCACGCUUGGACCCUCUUCUCCGAUAUUGAAAGGAAAGGAUGUAGCGGAGUUGAUUUGUUAAUUGAGAUGGAUCGCAUCCUGAGGCCCAAAGGUUUCAUCAUUGUGCGUGAUAACCGAAAGGUGGUGGAGUUCAUAAACAAAUAUAUGAAGGCGUUACACUGGGAAGCAGUGGCUACCGCUGAUGCAGAGGGAGGCACCGAGCAGGAUGAUGAUGUGCUGUUUGUUAUCCAGAAAAAGAUUUGGCAUACGAGCGAGAGCUUUAGAAAUGUAGAUUAGCGCAAUAUGAUCCCGGCAUUUCACAGGGUUGAAGGUGCUGCUGGUUUUAUUUAAAAUUUUCCUCAGCUUUUCCAAUUUUCUUUGUUCCUCUAACUGAUACAGAAAGGUCACAAAAUAUGUUUACGUUCUAUUUAUAUUUCAUUGGGAAAGUGUAAGAUAAUCACUUUCUGCCAUUGAUUGGAGAAAAAUAGAGGCAUACCCCAUCUGCCUAUGAGAGGAUUGAAUCUGUAAUCUUUAGCAAUAUAUAUGAUACUAACGGAAAAGUAUACGAGUGUUUUUCUCUAUGCACUCGAGUUCAAAUUUCA